UAUAGAUAGGCCACUGUAUGUACUCGCAUUGGAGCUCAGAGCGUUGCCUAGGUUGAACAUAUAGACGCUAGAAAUGCCUUCAUGCAACACGAACUGCAUCGUGAAGCCUUUAUCAAAAGGAUUUCAUAAACUGGGUCUUUUCGUGGGAAAACAACCAUGGGUGUUUUUAGUUUUACCUUUGGUGUUAUCAGGAGGUCUCGGAGGGGGGUUUUACUUUCUCGGUGAAAGAGAAGCAAGCGACAUCGAAGAUCAGUUCACACCAACAAACGGCCAGGCUAAGACAGAGAGAGAAUAUGUCAAAACUUAUUUUCCUCACAGUGACGAAUUCUCUCAGUUGAGGCUGAACACAGAAGGGACUUACGCGUCGUUGAUCGUGUUUAGUUAUUCGAACAAUGACCUUCUCUCAAAAGAUCUGUUUCAAAAAGUAAUCGAUUUGGACAACAAAGUACGAAACAUAACAACAGAAUUAACAGGAAGCACCUAUGCAGAUCUCUGUGCGAAUACAAACGGAACGUGCACAUCAAAUGCAGUUUUAGACAUUGUAUCCAAAGCUGACAACACAUCUAUUGAAUACCCACUUCAUCGCGGAGUAUUUUUGGGAUCAACAAUUGGUGGGGUGACCCUAAAACCAAACAGCAAAGCAAUACAAAGUGCAAAGGCAGUUCGGCUUUUCUAUUUUUUAAAAGAUGCCAAAACUGAGAUGGACGAAAGCGAGAAUGGUGCAUGGCUGCAGGCUUUUAUAAAGACAUUUUCAGAAGAAAUCCCAGUCGACAUGAUAUCUGUAUCUCAUUUCACUUCAAUUUCAAGAGAAGAAGAAUUUGAGAGAAAUUCAAAGACAGUGAUUCCAUUAUUCUCCAUUACUUACGUUUUGGCCAUUAGCAUUUCAAUUGCUUCAUGUCUCAGGUUGGACUGUGUGAGAAACAAAGUGUGGGUGGCCUUGGCUGGUGUUCUCUCUGCAGGCCUGGCUGUGCUUACCAGUUUUGGAUUGCUUCUCUUCUGUGGGAUGCCAUUUUCAAUGCCUGUUGCCAGUGCCCCUUUUCUCAUUCUUGGUAUUGGUGUGGAUGACAUGUUCAUCAUGAUCUCAUGCUGGCAGAGAACGAGGGUUCAUGACAAGAUGGAAGAUCGCAUGGCAGAGACGUACGAGGAGGCAGCUGUCUCCAUCACCAUCACCACUCUGACUAAUGUCCUGGCCUUCUACAUUGGUCUCUUGACGCCUUUUCGCUCUGUACAGUCCUUCUGCACGUACACCGGAACAGCCAUCCUCUUCUGCUACAUCUACAACAUCACGUUCUUCGGUGCCUGUCUGGCACUGAAUGGACGACGAGAGAAAGGCAACAGACACUGGCUGACAUUCAGGAAGGUUGAAACUCCAAAUGAAUACGAGAAGAGCAAUGCCUGCUCAGUCGGUGGUGCUUAUGAUCCUCAGACAGGUGCGGAGGAGGAAAUGCCCAUCAAUUUCUUCUUUAAAAAGUAUUAUGGACCAUUCUUGACUAAUAUAUGGACCAAGGUGUUUGUGGUUUUUCUCUACGCAGGGUAUCUGGCUGGUAGUAUUUAUGGCUGUUUUCAAAUGGAAGAGGGCAUACAGUUGAAAAAUCUUGCACCUGAUGAUUCGUAUGUCGUUAGCUAUUAUGACAAUGAAGACAGAUAUUUCUCGUAUUACGGCCCCUUUGUCAUGUUAGUCAUUAAAGAUGAAAACUUCCAGUAUUGGGAGAAAAGUGCUCGUGAAAACCUCGACAUGUGCCUGAAAGAAUUUGAAUCCUCUGACUUUGUUGCCAAAAACAUGACUAUAUCUUGGCUUGACUCUUAUGAGCAAACUGGUUUAAAUAUUUCAGAUAAAAAUGAAUUCAUGAGAAACUUGCCCACAUUUCUUAAUAUAUCAGGUUUCUAUCGGGAUGUUAAUAUUUCUAGUGGAAAAAUACUGGCCUCUCGAUUGUUCAUCCCCAGUAUUAACAUCACCACUACAAUUGACGAAAAAAACAUGUUGAAUUUUUUCAGACACACAGCUUCCACUUGUGGGCAAAACAUGGAUCUGUUAGUCUACCACCCUGCCUUCAUUUACUUUGAUCAGUAUGCAGUCAUUGUUAGCAAUACUAUCCAAAAUAUUCUAGCAGCUACCGUGGUGAUGCUUGUAAUUUCUCUUCUGUUGAUUCCACAUCCUGUCUGUUCUCUGUGGGUGACCUUUGCCAUUGCCUCAGUUAUAGUGGGUGUAGCUGGUUUCAUGGCUUUGUGGGAUGUUAAUCUAGACUCCAUCUCUAUGAUCAACCUGGUAAUCUGCAUUGGCUUUUCUGUAGAUUUCUCUGCACACAUUUCCUAUGCUUUUGUGUCAAGCAGCAAAAAAACACCUGAUGAAAAAGCCAUAGACGCUCUCUACAAUCUUGGGUAUCCAAUUAUACAAGGAGCUGUCUCUACUGUUGCUGGUGUUGUUGUCCUCUCAGCAGCAAAGAGCUACAUCUUCAGAACAUUCUUCAAGAUCAUGUUUCUAGUCAUCUUGUUUGGGGCUGCCCACGGUCUUGUGUUUAUCCCAGUGUUUCUAACGUUCUUUGGAGUUUGUGGCAGUAGUGUUGAAGAGGAAAAGCCUCUCAGGGAACAUGUUGAUACCCCUGGGGUCCAGCCAGUGAGGGCUGCUACUCGAAACACAACACAAUAGCCUAGCCAGAGAAUUCUGAAGGAAACACUACAUUUUAAUGUUGUUAACUGAAUGUUAAUUCAAACGUCUGCUACUAUUGAUGCAAAACAAUCAUUUUACUACCAUAAUCAUCUUGACUUUCCGGGGAGACAAAACUCUUACUACAGAAGUAAUCCUCACUGUCCUUAAGCUCUAGUUACUUUGAUACAGUGAAAAUAUAUUUUUGUAUCUUCAUAGUUUAAGUUUACAUAAAGACUUUAGACAGUUACUUUUUGGGAGGAACUGGAACUGUGUGUAAAUGAAUGUACUGGUUUGAUAUACACAGAACAUAAUGUAAUAAUCAGCUACAUUCACUGUUGUUUGCAUGAAACAUUUUGUUUGUGAGAGCUUUGUGUCAUAAACACUCUUUAAAACAUUUGACCUUUAACUAACCUUUCCUCAUUAGUCAGUCAGUGUGUUAAUGCUGAUGCUUCAGCAUGUUUGUGUUACCAUGGUAAACUGUCAACCCACGCUGUGCUUGUAAGAGUCAUAUUAUGUAUGCAUUUUUUAUUGUACAACUGAAAGCAAAUGCAUUAAAAGUUUUGUCGUUCAGUUCA